AUAGCAUGUUCGUUUGCUUGGUUUUCCAGCUUCUUUGCUUUGAGCGCAGCUUAGAAGAGUUUAGCAGUUUUCGCUUUCAGGACGGGUGGUGGGUCUCUCGUCGUGCAUUUGUGGCGGCGUUAAGGCUUUUCCAGACUUGUGGAUGGUGCCAGCCACGCCAUAGCCAAGCCAGCACUCGCAUACCAGGUUAAAGAGGUCCCCACCUACACUGUCACUGAUAAUAGAUCGAUCCAUCGAGAGAGAGCAGUGGCAUCCAAAGCCCUAUCUAUCAAUCAAUCCAUCCAUCCAAAGUUCUUUAAAUGCUCCACCAUGAUCCCUUCCACUGAUCUUGGAUCUCGCCAUGGUUACAUGCUUCCUCCCGCGAGAGUUUUUGCAUUGUGGGGUCACGCAAAACUUCCUUUUUAAACUUUUUUUUCUCGUCGCGAGUUGACUGCCCUGGAAGUUGAAAGGAGGAGGAGAGGAUCGGAAGCUCUCUCGUCGUGGAUAGCAUAGAUUUCUAGUGUUUUUUCUUCACACUUUCUCGUUGGAUCCAUGGCGGUGGUGGCGCUGUUGCAUUGAGAGAUCGAGAGCUUCUCUCGCUAAUGGGUCAUCGCGCAGGGAUCCAAGAACACGAUCUCUAGCGGAAAAGAGAGGAUAGAUUGAUGGAAGCAAGACUGGAUAUGGUGGUGGUGGUGGUGGUGGUGUUCUUCCUUUCCCUGGCUUUACCGGUUGAGAGCUCCGAUAUUGUUCUUCCCUGGAACGAUGAUGUGCUGGGACUCAUCGUCUUCAAGGCGGAUCUUCACGACCCACGACGAGCGCUGGCCUCCUGGAGCGAGGAUUCGGCGAGCCCGUGCAACUGGACCGGGAUCCAGUGUAGCCCACAAUCCGGGAGAGUCACCCAAGUCACGCUCGAUGGCCUCGAGCUCUCGGGACCGCUGGGACGGGGCCUCCUCAAGCUCGACCACCUCCAGGUCCUCUCGCUCGCCAGGAACAAUCUCUCCGGAUCCAUCUCUCCGCAGAUUCGCGUGCUCAAAUCCUUGCGAAACCUGAGCUUGAGCCACAACGCUCUCUCGGGUCCCCUCCCUGGAGCCAGCCUCGCCAGUUUGGAGCUCCUCUCCCUCCUCGACGUCUCCCAGAACUCUUUUUCCGGGAGCGUGCCACCCGAGCUCUUCGCCAAUUGUUCCAAGUCCCUGAGGUACGUGUUUCUCUCCGGGAACCAGCUCGAGGGCGAUCUCCCGGACUCCAUCGCCAGCUGCGAGAGCUUGGAAGCUCUGGGAGCGUCCGAGAACCGGCUCUCGGGCUCCAUCCCAGCCGGAGUUGGAUCGCUGUCCCGGCUGAGCUCACUCGACCUCUCGCACAACUCGUUGAGCGGGGAGAUCCCUCCGGAGCUUGGCCAGUGUCAAAUGCUGGUGAGCUUGGAUCUGAGCUAUAACCUCCUGUCCGGAGAAAUCCCGUCCUUCCUCGAGAGCUUGUCGCGGCUGGAAGUUCUUCGCUUGCCUGGGAACUCUUUCUCUGGUGGCGUGCCCGAGUGGAUCGUCACUGGCUUUCCGGAGCUCCAGGAGCUCAACCUCGCGGAGAACGAUCUGGGAGGGACGCUGCCAUCUUCCAUCGGCUCCAUGAAGGCGCUGCGGAGGCUCUACCUCCACAACAACAAUCUCCAAGGAGCUCUUCCGCCAACCUUGGGCGGAUGCUUCAACCUCUCCACCAUCGACUUGAGCAGCAACAACUUCUCCGGCGCCAUCCCUGACGAGAUCUUCGAGCUGGAGCUGGAAAGCUUGGCUCUCGCCAUGAACAGCUUCUCUGGAGGCCUCCCCGCGGCUCUCUCGUCGUCAAACUCGUCCAGCGCUUGCAAAGUCAUCCAGAGCUUGGAUUUGUCGAGAAACUCUCUCGAGGGCGAGAUCCCACCGCAGGUUUCCGGCUGCCAGCACUUGAGAAGCUUGAAUCUGGGACAAAACGGGCUGUCGGGCAACAUUCCGGAAGAACUCGUCGCUGGACUGUCCGAGCUGAGCAGCCUCGACCUCGGCAGUAACUUCCUCACAGGAUACAUCCCCAGAAGCUUUGGCGGCUCUCCAUCGCUGGAAACUCUCAAGCUGGAUGACAACGCUCUAGUUGGAAUCAUUCCUGAGGAGCUUGGAAACUGCUCCUCUCUGCGAUACCUGGAUCUCUCGCAAAACAACUUAACUGGAGGAAUACCCGUCGAGCUCGCCGAUCUGAGCAGCCUCCAGAGCUUGGAUCUAUCAUCAAACCAUCUCACCGGACAGAUCCCAACAAGCUUCGCCCAGCUCCAAAACCUCUCGCUCUUCAACGUCUCGCACAACUCUCUCGCCGGCCCCAUUCCAAGCGAUGGAGCUUUUCCACUGCUAGAUCCGAGCUCCUUCGCUGGAAACGCUCAUCUUUGCGGUGCCUCGCUCAGCAUCGCCUGCCCCGCAAUCCCAAAACCGAUCGUCCUCAACCCAAACGCCACCACCACCCCAGACCCGAUCAUCUCAUCCUCAGACCACCGUUCACCACCCUCGAGCAAGAUCGUUCUCAGCGUCUCGGCCAUCAUCGCCAUCUCGGCCGCCGCGGUGAUAGCUCUCGGCAUCGUCGUCGUCAGCCUCCUCAAUCUUCGGAGCCAUCCCAGGCCGCGAGCCAGCUUCUACGUCGUGGACAGCCUCCCUGGAUCAUCUCCCAGCGAAGAUCUCGCCAUUGGAAAGCUCGUCAUGUUCACGGACGACUCGGACAGCCGCGACGAGGAUCUCCUCCCGACCGCCCAGGCGCUGCUCAACAAGAACUCGGAGAUCGGCCGAGGAGGCUUUGGAACCGUGUACAAGGCGACGCUGGCCGCGGGAAGAACAGUGGCGGUGAAGAAGCUGAGCGUUCCAGGAAUGGUAGAAACGCAGGACGAGUUUGAGAAGCGCGUCCAGUUCCUCGGGAAGAUCCAGCACGAGAACCUUGUCAACUUCCAGGGGUACUACUUCACUCCAAAGCUGCAGCUGCUCAUCUACGACUUCGUCCCGAACGGAAACCUCCACUCCAAACUCCACGAGCAAUCUGUUCUUCCGUGGGAGCUCCGCUUCAAGGUGGCGCUGGGAGCCGCGCAGGGCCUCUGCUACCUCCACCACAAGUGUCGGCCGCGGGUGAUCCACUACAACUUCAAGUCGAGCAACGUUCUCCUGGACGAUGGCUUCAACGCGCGGGUGUCCGACUAUGGCCUGGCCAAGCUGCUUCACUCGAGGGACCGCUUCGUUGUCAUGAACAAGCUCCAGAGCUCGCUGGGAUACCUGGCACCGGAGUGUGGCUGCGAGAGCUUCAAGGUGACGGAGAAGUGCGAUGUCUAUGGCUUCGGGGUCGUGCUGCUCGAGCUCAUCACUGGGAAGCCGCCGGUGGAGUAUCUCGAGAACGAUGUAGUGAUCCUGUGUGACUUUGUGAGAUCGCUGGCGGACGAUGGCAAGCCGCUGCUGUGCGUGGACCCGAAAAUGGUGGUGUAUCCCGAGGAGGAGGUGAUGACGCUGAUCAAGCUGGGGCUGGUUUGCACGUCACCGGUGCCUGCUAACAGGCCGUCAAUGACUGAGGUCGUCCAGAUCUUGGAGCUCAUCAAGCCGCUUGCUGAUAACAGGAGCUAGUUCUUCA